AUGACGCCUACAACGCAGCAAACGGCAGCGGCAGCACCCACAAGCGCGACCGUAUCGCGCUCCCGUCCACAAGGCUCGCGCAGGAAAGCAAAUGCACAAGCAGACGACGCAGCAUACCACGCACCCGCGUCCAGUGCUGCAGGAACAAAGCGCGCCGCUGCCGACAAAGCGGAGGGGGAGCCCCGGGUGAAGAGGAAGAGGGUGGACGGGGCAGCUGGCGUGUCGGCAAGCACCAGUGGUAACGCAGGCAUCUCUGUGACCUCUGGACCAAAUGCAGCGAGAAAGGAGCGUUUGGGGUCGGACGGAGAGGCGUCGUUGGUCGACUUCUCCACGCUGCCCCUCUCAGUGCUCCACGAAUACCUUGUCCAGUUCGACCUCGUCCCCGACGUCGACCCAUCCCCGCUGAUUGCAGAUGAUCCCCCACCACCUUCGUCUCUCCUCCGACCACGCGGCCACGGGCGCAGGCACGCGUCUACUGCCAGCCCAGCCCCGUCCUUAUCUAUUACGCCCGCGAACCGACCACGGAGAGAUGUGACUGGCCGGCGGCGGAGUGCGCGGCUAAUCGAGGACGAGCGAGGCUCGGAGCUCUCCGUUGUCCCGAUUCUGGCGGACGGCGACGACGUGCACGGGAUGCUCGCCGCGGUGGCGCAGAGGCAUUUCCGCGAACAUGCAGUGAAGGAGGUGGACACACUGGCUUCGUUCAUGUAUGCGGUCCGAGCCAAGGGUGAGUCCUGGAGGUCGACAAACUUUUACAUCUGGCCUACGGAUCUGAUGUUGGCUAUCGUUGCGCGUAUGCGUACUGAACCCAGUGUUUACAGAAAGUAUGUCAGCUUGAUCAAUGGGUGCAUCUGGCCGUCGUCAACUCCUUCUAUUGUCGAGCUAGAGCAUACUACGAACCUGGGAUAG